GAGGGCGACGUGUAACGUCACAAGGAAGUGUGGAAAACACGCGAUGUUUGGAGAAAUACCAGCGCUUAUGUGGUUAACCCUGAGUUAAGUCUCAGUUACCAUUUUUGCCGGGCUUUAUUAAUAGUUAACACAGUAAUUUAUUUUGGGUUACGACGAGUGAGACCAAUUACCUAAACGGUGAAAAUGCAUCAUGCAGCUGCUAAAUGGUAUGACAGACGAGACUCUGUGUUUGUAGAGUUCUGUGUGGAAGACAGUAAAGAUGUGCAAGUAAAAUUUGCCAAGACUAAAGUUGAUUUUAGCUGUACUAGUGGAACCGAUAAUAUCACACAUCAAAAUACAGUGGAGCUUUUCGGAGUGAUUGUUCCAGAGGAAUCCAAAUACAGACGCACCGAUAGAUCUGUGUUGUGUUGUCUACGAAAAGAAGAGGUUGGGAAGUCAUGGCCAAGGCUCACCAAAGACAAAGCAAAAUGCAACUGGCUAAGUGUGGAUUUCAUUAACUGGAAAGACUGGGAAGAGGACUCGGAUGAAGAUUUGUCAAGUUUUGACAAAUUCUCAGAUAUGAUGAACACCAUGGGUGGGGAUGAUCUACCUGAUUUAGAUGGAGCAGAGGAAGAGCAUGAUUCAGCAGACAGUGAUGAUGAAAAAAUGCCAGACCUUGAAUAGACAAACAUGGAGGUGAUCUCAGCGCAAGUGAAUUUGUUGGGGAGUGUAGACCUGACUUGUAGCCACUUUGAAGAAUUUCUCCACGCAGUUCCAAAGUGAAACACCUCAAGGGAGUAACGGAGAGUGACUAUUGGAUACAGACUUGCACAGACAUCCAUAGAAACAUACAACGCUGUGCUCUGCUGUUUGUUCUGCAUGGACGGUUAUGUUCAAAUGAAAAUGUUAUUGUUCCUUGACUCGAAUGACUUUACUGGGAUGUGCUGAUGUCUUACACCUCACUGUUUUUGUUUGCUUUUUCAAUGUCAGGUGAUGUAAUAAAUGUUGUGAUUUCUAAUGAAAAAGAAAACCACACUCAAUGACCUUUUUUCCAAAAAAAAUGUUUUUAGAUCCCUAAAUUCCAUCCCUAAAUGUUUGUUUUUGUAUACUGCACUUGUUUUAAUUUAAAGGGGACAAUUUUUCUUUCAGCAAACUUUUUGGUGUAUCCUGAACAUCAGAUAGUAAUUAACUUCAUUUUCAGUAAUAAGUAUUCUUGUCAAAUUAACCUGUUUGGUUUUGGCAGUACAUUCUUUUUUGGCAUAUUCCCUCCUCACCCCGGCAACCACAAUUCAAAUUACAACACAAUGGAUUCGAUAAAGACUUUCCUUAUUCCUAAUAAAAGUGAGAACUUGUAGAAAAUAUCAAGGCGUACCCAUACGGCUAAUAAAUGUUUGUCACCAGAUUUAUGCUGUGGAUGCUUGUGUGUUUGAUUCAAAGUGUCGGAAACACUUCUGUUGUUUGCAGUGAGACUGAGAACAGAUUUCUAAUAAACUUUACCAUUAAAGAAA